UGACCAUUCCUCGUCCUUAUCGUUUAUUGUUUGAGAUUCCUGCAGAGUCUCUUCUUGUGUAUCUUCUUCCUUAGUACCGUCUUCGAUAAUCGUAGGUUCUUCAUAUGUCUCAAUAUUUACUUCAUUUGGUAAUGGAGGAGUCCAUUGUUCUUCGUCCUGAUCUUUUAUUGUUUCUUCCGGAGGAUUUUCUCGUUCAUCUUCUUCCUCAGUAGCUUCUUCGAUAAGCGUAAGUUCUUUGUGCGCUUCAAUAUUUCCAUCUUCUUGUAAUGGAGGUGUCCAUUGCUCCUCGUCCUCAUCGGUUAAUGAAUGUGAUUCCUGCAGUACCUCUUCUUGUUUGUCUUCUUCAGUUUUUUCUUCUUUUUCUUUUUGUACUUCGAUAUUUUCUUCUUCUAUUAAUGGAGGUGUCCAUUGCUCUUCAUCCUCAUCGACUAUUGAUGCAACUUCAUGUUCUUCAUGCUCCUCAAUAUUUUCUUCGUUAGUCUCUUCUGGUAAUGUUUCAUUUAUAUUUUCAAAGGCUGCAGGUACUAGACUUGAUGAAGUUGUUUCAAUUGCCGUGUCUUGUUUCGCAAGUUCCGCGUCAACCUUACCAAUAAUUUCUUCUGAUAAACGUUUUUGCCCCGCAACAGC